ACAGUGGGCGGGGCGCUGGCGGCGCGGCGAUUGAAGGGCUGCUGUAUGCCGGUGACCGGGGGAACAGCCGCGGCAGCAGGAGGCCGGGCCGCUGCCUGCGCCAUGGAUCCGGUCCGGCUGUUCCGCGGCGCGGUGUGAGGAUGUGCGGUUAAAAAUGGUGCAGAAGUACCAGUCCCCUGUUCGAGUCUACAAAUACCCUUUUGAGCUCGUCAUGGCGGCUUACGAGAAGCGCUUUCCCACGUGCCCAGAGAUCCCUGUCUUCCUGGGCAGCGAGAUCCUUCAGGAAUCCAAGAGCGAUGAUGGAGCUGUUCAUAUCGUCGAACGGAGCUGCAAACUGAAUGUGGAUGCUCCACGGCUGCUGAAGAAGAUCGCUGGGGUAGAGUACGUCUUUUUCAUACAGAAAAACACCGUGAACUGGAAGGAGCGAACGCUCCUCAUUGAGGCUCACAACGAGACUUUUGCAAAUCGUGUUGUCGUCCUUGAGACGUGUAGCUACUCGGUUCACCCCGAGAAUGAAGAGUGGACGUGCUUUGAACAGUCUGCGUCUCUUGACAUCAAGUCGUUCUUUGGCUUUGAAAGCACAGUGGAGAAAAUUGCCAUGAAGCAGUACACCUCCAACAUCAAGCGGGGCAAGGAGGUGAUCGAGCAUUACCUGAAGGAGCUGAUCUCCCAGGGCAUCACCUUCAUCCCCCGAUGGACACCUCCACCAGUGAGCAGGCAGAAGGAAAAGAGGGCCCUGGCUGUGGGACACAACCCUGGUAUUGUGCCAGCGGAGUCCUGUGUGCAUGGAACUAGCAAAGAGCAGCCAGGCAGCUCCUGCCCUGCUGCAGAGACGGCUAGCCCUGACGCUGACAAACUGGACGCUGAUUACAUUGAGCGGUACCUGGGGCAGCUGACUCCAAUGCAGGAAAGCUGCCUGAUCCGACUCCGUCAGUGGCUGCAGGAAACGCACAAAGGCAAGUCAGAGGCUGGGGAAUGGAAGCCGGAAAAGAUCCCCAAAGAUGAGCAUAUCCUUCGAUUCCUGAGGGCUCGUGACUUCAACAUCGACAAGGCUCGCGAGAUGCUUUGCCAGUCGCUGACCUGGCGCAAGCAGUACCAGGUGGAUUACAUCCUGCAGACCUGGAGACCCCCAUCCCUGCUGGAGGAGUACUACACUGGAGGGUGGCAUUAUCAGGAUAAAGAUGGCCGCCCCCUCUACAUCCUUCGCCUCGGUCAGAUGGACACAAAAGGUUUGGUGAAGGCCCUGGGAGAAGAGUCGCUCCUGCGACACGUUUUGUCAAUUAACGAGGAGGGACAAAAGAGGUGUGAGGAAAACACCAGCCUGUUUGGCCGUCCCAUCACAUCCUGGACAUGCCUGGUGGAUUUGGAAGGGUUGAACAUGCGUCACCUGUGGCGGCCUGGAGUUAAGGCUCUCCUUCGGAUAAUCGAGGUUGUGGAGGACAAUUACCCUGAGACACUAGGGAGGUUACUGAUCGUGCGAGCACCACGGGUUUUCCCUGUGCUGUGGACUCUGGUUAGUCCUUUCAUCAAUGAAAACACCAGGCAGAAGUUCCUCAUCUACAGCGGCAAUAACUACCAGGGUCCUGGAGGGCUUGUAGACUAUCUGGACAAAGACGUGAUUCCAGAUUUCCUUGGAGGAGAAUGUGUGUGCAAUGUCCCUGAGGGUGGACUCGUCCCCAAGUCACUUUAUCAAACAGAUGAAGAACCGGAGAACUCUGAUCACAUCCGACUAUGGACAGAAACCAUCUACCACUCUGCAAAUGUUCUUAAAGGGGCUCCUCACGAGAUCGUUGUGGAAAUCCUGGAGGGUGAGUCUGUGAUCACGUGGGACUUUGACAUCCUGAAGGGAGACGUGGUGUUCUGUCUCUUUCACUCCAAGCGAGCGCCCGAGACCAGUCGCAAAGAGGCCCCUUCAUCAAGUGCUUCGACUGCUGGGGACAACAUGCAGCUAAUCGAUAAGAGCUGGGUUCUGGGGGUGGAUUACAGCCGCAUGGAGUCUCCGCUGGUGUGCCGGGAAGGAGAGAGCAUUCAGGGAUCUCAUGUGACUCGUUGGCCUGGCUUUUAUGUUCUGCAGUGGAAAAUGCACAGCUCUUUGCCCUGCUCUGGCACCAGCCUCCCUCGAGUAGAUGAUGUCCUGGCCUCUUUGCAAGUUUCCAGUCACAAGUGUAAACUCAUGUACUACUUUGAGGUGCUUGCAUCCAAGGAUUUCAGGGGGUCCAUGUCAAGCCUGGAAUCCUGCAACAGUGGCUUUUCCCAGCUCAGUGCAGCCACGACAUCUUCCAACCAAUCCCAGAGCAGCUCCCUCAUUUCUAGAUAGCGUGGUGUAGGCCUCUACUGACCUCUGAAAUGUUACAUCCGCGCUCUGAGGCCUCCUUCCAGGGCAGCUCUGUGGACCAACCCAAAGAGGCUGCAGUGUGGCUCAGCAUCAAGGCUUUGGGGGCAGUCAUUCACAAGACCACGAAUAGCAGCAGUCUGGGGAACUCUUUGAAAUCUAUUUUCAGUAAGAGAUGUGUGACUUUUCAAUCUGCAAACUGGAUUCUGUUGAGAGGCCUACUUACCAGUUGUGUUUUAACAGACCUGUGUUUUAGAGUGAAUAUCACUUUGCAUGAAUCUGUGUAUUACUAAGGUUAAAGGGCUCUUUCCAAUCAGUCCUAUUUCUACAUACGAUAGAGGAGACGGAUGUGGCCUUAUCUGUAAUGACCCGUAGAACUAGAUUUAUUCACGUGUAGCAAAAUUAGUCUAGUUCUUCUGGGCGCCUGCAAUACCAAUGACACUCAAGGUACAGUGGGUGUUUCAGCAGCAGGGACUUGAAGCAAAUUGUAAAUAAAUACCUUAAUACAGGUCAGUACGUUUUGAGGGGGGCGGGGGGAAAGGGGAGAAACUUCCAAGGUAACCCAAACCUGAAACCUCUCCCAAUCCGAUCGGAUGUUGCUUGGAAAUAGUUUGUUUUUUUUAGUUAAAAAACACAGUAUUUCCUACAGUGCGUAGGCAGAAAGCCUACCUCCAGCAAGCAAGUCCUUUCUUAAAGACACCCACUUGUCUUUAUUUCCUCCUCAGGUUUAUGAGCAAUAAAUGAGUGUCUCUCUGACCCACCCCAUCAUACUGGGUGGGAAUCGAAUCACAUUAUAAAGGGCUAAAAAAAGCAAUAUGUUCUUUCCUUAAAGGCACAAGGUUUUAUGGCAGCAUUAUAGGAGCUGCUCCUUUAAAAACGGGCUAACAUGGAGAGGAGAGAACACUCUCUCUCUCUUUUUUUCUAAAGUACGUGUGCAUGAGUAUUUAAACACUUAAUGAAACAUAUUUAUUCAAAUUGUAUCAUAGCUUAUUUUAAAUUAUUGUUUAAUGUAUUGAUCAUUUCAAUGAUAACUAUUUAUUUAUUGAACUAGAUCAUCUUUUUUUAACCAACUGAACUGUUUUGUUUUAAAAGGGAACGCCGGAUCAUCUUGAAUCCCACAGACCUUUAGAUUUCAUUUCUAGUCUCUGUGGCAGCUGGGCAUCUUAGCGUUCAGGGCUGUAGCACUCAGGGCAGUGUGUCAUCUCUUUUCCCAAAGCUCAUGGGAGUGGCCCCACUGACUUCAACGUUACUCGCGUGAGUAAGGGUUUGCAAGAGCAGGGACCAAGCUUGUGGAUGUUGUUGGCGGGGAGGGAGAGGCAAUGCAUUAAGAGCUGCUGAAGAUAUGUUCAUGUACAAUCUCUGCUGAUUACGUCAGUGAUGGACAUAUUGCAAAAGGAGUAAGAACCCAUUUAAAAGAGUUUACGUGGCAGAAAAGAGGUAGCCGGUAUUCUUUCCUCAAGUACCAGGAAGUUAAAAAACAGGUGGUCAAUACUGAGCUGCUUCUCGGCAGUAUUUAUAACUAACAGACACCCAAGAGGUAUUCCUCAAUAAGGAGUUUAUUUUCUCUGCCCCACCCAUCCUUAACCGUUCUCACUACCUUCAUUUGCUUGUUUCUAAGCACAGGGCAUUGCCAGAACGGGGGGAACUAAUCGAUAACUGGAGCAAUGUACAUACGGAAGAUAGUGUAUAAAUAUGUAGGCUGGAUUUUCAAAGGAACCUAAGGGAGUUAGGCAUCUAACUCACAUUGACUUUUAGUGGCAGUUUCGGAAGACAACAAAUAGAGGCCCCUUUGAAAAUCGCAGCUAUCACUCGUAGCAUGGAAAAGGAAAGCUCCAGUGAUCAAUGCGAACACCUACGUAGUAAAACCCUUACUAAAUAAGAACGAACAUUAGUGACUCUUCCAAGCAUUUGUUAGUGCUUCGUUAUCUCCAUCAAGUGAACGAGACUUUUGCCUUUUCAGAUAGGGGCUGCCAUUUUAAUGAUACCUCUCAACCAAACCUUUGCAAUCCCAGUUUAAUGCAAAGAGGGAGUGGGAAAUGGGCUUCACCAUGAGAGAGCCCUGGAAAUCAAGUGGGUGAGAACGAGUGUAUGUGUACCGACACACACAAAGUUGCUUUAACCACAACUGACUCAUUUUCUAAAAACAAUUACUCAAUUUACUGUAUAACUUUUAAACUGUUUUGAUUUCCAGCACUUUCCACCAGCAAAGCCCAAGUCCUAUUCCAAGAUGGCUGCUUGUUCUUAGUCUGACAGUCAUGUUUUUUCACAUUUACUCUGUCCCUGUGAGAAUAGUUCUCCUUCAUCCAGUAAAAAGCACUGAAGGUGGAAUUCUCAGCUUAGAAUUUGUUACGCGCGUGCACAUUCUGAACUGAGAUGGGGAACAAGAGCCUUAAGUGAAAGGGGUAUGGGCCAGCGUGAGGGCUCACUCCUGCUCUCUUUCUAGGACUUCUUACAAUGGCCAGUGUUCUUUCCCAAACAUCAGUCUCCCAUGCACUGAGUACCAUGUGUGAGGCUGCACUGUAAUUCCAGAUGUGGGACAAAGUAAAACUCCUCUGAAAUUUGACUUUUUUUCUAAGCUACACUAGCUCAUUUCAGAAAAUAAGGCAUAAUGCUCAUUUCUUCAAAGCAUGCUCUAGUGACUGGAGCACAAGGUGACUGGUGUCCUGGGUUCUAUUCACAGCUCCUUGUGAUCCAGAGCAAAUUCUUUAGGGUAGAACAGACUGAGGUCCUGAGCGGCAAGUGGCUCUUUAACAUGGCUCCUGUGGCUCUUUGCAGCACAGAUACUAAAAUACCAUGUGAUUUAAUUAUGAACCAGUCAGGAGGCUUUUACUAUGUUAACCAAUUGUAGUAGAUAAAAUAAUACUUGGGUCAGUCAUUUGGGGGGGUUAUAAAUACAUACACUAAAAUUUCCCCUGCCAUACUGUUUAAAGAUGGAUAUAUAGCACUCUAGUAAAUGAAACAAUGAAUUCACACUGUGGGUGGCUCUCUUGGGUAAUGCUGAUCAUUAAUUUGGCUCCUGAACCACUGAGGUCUGAGGAUCACUGGGUGAGGACUUUCAAAAGUCCAAUGAUAGACCCACGUAAUUUUUAGAAGUGCUGAGCACCUGUCACUCCAGUUGAAGUCAAUGGAGCUCUGGCUGUGCCAAACCUCUGGAAAAUCCGGCCCAGCUGUCUAAGUGGGCACCCAGAAUUAAAUCACUUCUGUAAAUUGGGGCUUUAAUCUCUUUGUUUGUUACUCCAUCUGUAAAAUGCACAGGCUCAUUGCAAGGUUGACAUUUUGUCUUUCCUCUCAAUCCUUUACAAAAGUGUUAUGUGACCAUCUCUAUAGUUUAAAAAUCACAUGGCCCUAUUUACACCUUGACUUGUGUGUGUGUGUGUGUGUGUGUCUGCAAAUAUACCCCAACUUGCUGUGUACCAGAUUGCAUAUAUGGGGGCAAAACAACAGAUGUAGAAAAUGUGAUUUCCAUUGAACUCUGGAUGCCAGACUAGAUUUCCAUUGUCAUGCAGGGCAAAAGCCAGAAUGUUGCAGUUGAGUUCAGGGCUUGUGGUUAAAUAUUUAAAUGGUGUUUAUUUUAAAAGGGCUUUUUUUUAAAAAUUGUCCUGCAUGGACCACAACCUUAGCUUUACAGAAGUGCUGAGAGGGAGUCCAAGUGGCCUUGACCUGACUGAAGCGGCACGGCUAGAUUUCUUCCCAGCAGCUCCUGUACUAAGAGAACCAAAAUGAGUUUUCUGGAGCACAAAAAUCAUACUAAUAAAGCACUGUUAUAUUUUUUCUCUGUUAGGGAUAGCCUAUAAAUUCCCUUUGAUAGGGAUCCCUUUCUCUAUAUUGUUUUCCUAUUGUGGAAAGCGUGUGGAAACAAUCUUCUAUGGGAUGAUUUAGCUAGUGAAAUUCUGAUUCAGUGUCAGAGGAUUAGGAUACUAUUUCAUACAUGGUUUCAAUAGUCUGUUUUGCAUUUACAAUCCCAGAGCCCAGGGUUGGACUUCAGUUGCUGCUUAAAAGGUGGCAGUUGCACUCCCCUUGCCUACAACCUUGCAAACAAGUAAGAAGCUGAUGCCCUACUCCAAAGGUCAUUUUAAUUGGUCAAUUUAAAAACUGGUGGGUGGAAAAUGGGUCAGAAUUUGCAGAUCCUACCUACUGAACUUGGGUGCUAAGCUGUCAUGUGUUUAACGUAUCUUGUAAGGCCAGUUGCAUCAGCAAAGCCAGUAACCUUCUUUUGAAAUGCAUUUCACUUCCUCACCCUCCUCCACAAUUGUACUAUGAGCUAUUAACGCAAAAAAAGAUGAGACCCUUCUUUCCAGGUUCAGGCUGAAAGACUAGUUGAAGGACAUUUGUCAGAGCCUCCUGCCUGGUGUUGGCUUCCUAUUCUCCCAGCACAGACUUGAGAAAAUUCUUCUAACAAUCCAUAAAGGAUGUGCAUUGUCAGCAUUGACCAUGAAUCAGUUUGAAUGGCACUGUAACACUUCCACGCUAUCUGUAUAUAAAGACGAAAUGGGCAUUAUUUUUUUAGGUAAAUAUACUAUUUUCCCCACUCAACCUGCUCCUGUCUUAACUUUUUUACAAGGGUCUUGUCAGCAAAAAAACCCAACUUGUUCUGAGAAUUCAGAGCAUGCUACCGGACUACACAGGGUGCUUUGUGACAUGUUACUGAGCAACAAAUGUGAAGCUAAAGGUGCAGUUACUUAUGGCAAUUGGAAGUUGAAGUUACCAGCUGUAAUUUUCUGCUCUCCAUAUUUCUGUAACUUAAGAAUAAAAUGAAUGAACCAAUAAAUGUUUUUCUGAGAUGACUGACUAAA